CACGCGUGGACUCUCGAGCAGCUGCGACCAGUCACACAACAUGACAACUAAUGUGCUAUUCUGGUGAACUAAACUAUCUCUUAUUAAGUUUUUAUACCCGCAUUGGAGUAAAGUGACGCCUUAUCUGACUGAAAAGGAGGGGGUCAAAAGAGAGAGACUUUUAUUACUCAGGGAAAAGAGGCAGACGGGUCAUGACAGACGAGAAGUGAGGAGACCCUGCUUCAAUCUGGAGUGUUAAUCCUGUACUGACUGGCCAACACGGGUGUGGCUCCCUCUUUGGAGCCGCUGCUGACCUCAGCCCUACUGUCAUGGCCUCAGCCCUCACACCAUGUAGAAAGCACCCCUCCUAACCCUCAGCCCACACAUACACACACUCCCACACACACACAAUACACCACCACACUCUCGCACAGCAAUAAUGACCACCCCCUACAUGAACGGAUAUGUGACCCGAGGGAGGGAGCGGCGGAGGCACUGACAUGCUGGAGGAGGUGGUGCAGAGGCACAGGGAGAUGGCGGUGGACUGCCCUGGAGACCUGGGUGCCCGCACCCUGCCCGUCAGACGCAGCGCUCAGCUCGAACGGAUCCGGCAGCAGCAGGAGGACCGCAGGAGACGCGAGGAGGAGGGACGCAAGGAGCUUGAUCUUAACUCCUCCAUGCGUCUCAAGAAGCUCUCCCAGAACCCCAAGGUGGGCAUCGAUAACCCCACCUUUGAGCAAAUGGAAGGUCCUGGAGGCUCCAUAGGAGGUCUGCAAAACCUCAUCGCAUCACCAGCUCUACUAGAGCUGGAGGACUUGUUGAUGUCCCUGAAGCAGGUCCAGCAUUGUUUGAAUGACUCUCAGAGUCAAGAGGACGUGGAGCUAGUUCUACAGCUGGUCCAGAAAACUGACUUCCAGAAAGCCUUCAACAUCCACAACGCUGUGGCCCAGUACAUGAACCGGCCCAGCCCUCCCUUCCCCUUGACGGACCAUGCACAGAACCUUGCACAAGAGAUCCAGGCCAUGCUGCACAACAGCUCACAGAAGGAGGGAUUGGAACUAAGCACUCUGCUCACGACUCCUCAUGUGCAGGCUCUUAUGAUGGCCCAUGACAGCGUGGCUGAACAAGAGAUGCAGCUGGAGCCUCUUGCACCUUCAGUCAAUGCAAGUGAGACUCUCACCCAGUGGGGCGGGGAGACUGUCAAGAUUGUGCGGAUUGAAAAGUCCAAGGACAUCCCACUGGGAGCAACUGUGAGAAACGACAUGGACAGCGUGAUCAUCAGCCGCAUUGUAAAAGGAGGGGCGGCAGAACGCAGUUGCUUGCUGCAUGAAGGAGAUGAGAUACUUGAGAUCAAUGGUGUGGAGAUCCGCGGCAAAGAUGUCAACGAGGUCUUCGAUAUACUGGCGGAUAUGCAUGGUGUACUGACCUUCGUUCUGAUCCCCAGCCAACAGAUCAAACCACCUCCCAUUAAAGAGACAGUGGUGCAUGUGAAAGCACAUUUUGACUACGACCCUUCAGAUGACCCCUAUGUACCGUGUAGAGAGCUCGGUCUUUGCUUUCAGAAGGGAGAUAUCCUCCACAUCAUCAGCCAAGAUGACCCCAACUGGUGGCAGGCCUACAGAGAUGGGGAUGAAGACAAUCAACCUCUCGCUGGCCUGGUCCCUGGGAAAAGCUUCCAGCAGCAGAGAGAGGCAAUGAAACAAACCAUAGAGGAGGAUAAAGAGCCUGAGAAAUCUGGAAAACUUUGGUGUGCUAAAAAGAACAAGAAGAAGCGAAAGAAGAUGCAAUACAAUGCUAACAAAAAUGAUGACAUUGAUAAUGAAGAGAUUCUCACAUAUGAAGAGAUGGCACUGUACCACCAGCCAGCCAAUCGCAAGCGGCCCAUUGCUCUAAUUGGCCCACCCAACUGUGGGCAGAAUGAGCUCAGACAAAGACUCCUCUCCAGUGAGCCAGACAGGUUUGCUGGCGCCGUCCCUCACACCACACGAAACCGCCGCGAUAACGAGAUGAGCGGACGCGACUACCAUUUUGUGUCCCGCCAGGUCUUCGACUUGGACUCUGCGGCAGGGAAGUUCAUAGAGUCUGGAGAGUUUGAGAAGAACCUUUAUGGCACUAGUUCCAACUCGGUCCGACAGGUCAUCAACACUGGCAAAAUUUGCCUCUUGUGUGUGCAUAGUCAGUCUUUAAAGGUGUUGCGCAGCUCAGACCUCAAGCCCUACAUAAUCUUCAUCGCUCCCCCAUCACAGGAACGAUUGAGGGCCCUUUUAGCAAAAGACAACAAAAACCCAAAGCCUGAGGAGCUUAGAGACAUCAUUGAGAAAGCUCGGGAAAUGGAGCAGAACUAUGGCCACCUGUUUGACGCUGCCAUCGUGAACACUGACUUGGACAAGGCCUUCCAGGAGCUUCUCCGCCUCAUCAAUAAAUUAGAUACUGAACCUCAGUGGGUCCCUUCAUCCUGGCUGCGCUGAGAUGAACCCCACUCGGAGCCUGACCCAUCAACAGACGGGUGUAAAUGAAGAAUCUCUUACACUCGGGUUCCUGUGGCAGACUCUAAGGCCAUGUUUUUACACUACAAUAAUUCAACACUCUAUUAAAGAUAAGGACAUUACGCCACCUCAGACCUUGACAGAAGUGUCUGUCUGCACUGUGCUGUCAACAGGCUGGGGAAAUUAGUUUUUAUGUCAUAAUAUGUUUGAUCAUGGUGUGUAUUUGAGUCCAAUUACCCACAUUCCAUAGACCUGUAAGAGAGUUACCAGCACUUGGUGCAGCAGUACAAUUAGGGCUUCUAUACUGCUUUUGAUAACUAUUUAUGAUUGUAAAUAUUCUGUAUGUCAUUUUAAAGAGAAACAUGGGAAUGGGUUUGAAUUGUAAGAAAGCAACUCUUUUAAAAGUUCAAUGGGGAGAGAUCUGUGCUCCAAAACUGCUCUAGAGUUUAGACUCCCUCAUUAGCAGACAAAAUGUUUGUACUCUUUAUUAUUCUCUCCUUCAUCACCUUAAACAUCUGAUGUAUAAAGUUUCAAGGAUACCUAGCAGUGAGUUCAGUGUCCGUCACAUUUGAACAACUCUUCCAAGCUUCCAAGACACCAAAUGGGAUGAAUGUUGAAGUGACUGCAACAGUACUCGAAGCCUCUGCCUUCAAUCCCUGCAGUGCUGCCUCUGUGUUCCUAUGGCAACCAACACUGUGAUUAUGACAGAGUUUAAUAGUUAAACUUCAGGUUAAAUGUUGUUUUGAGUGUUUGCAAGGCCAAGUCUAUAAUAAGAGCUACCGUAAUUGGCUCAAAGCUUCUCCUGUGCUCUUGUCCCAGUAUUCACAUGCACUCAGAAGUGUAACCAGUAUUGUAAACAGUGUUCGGGAGCAAUACAGUGAGGUUCACGAUCUGAGCAUUGCCACGGCCUAGUCUUAGUCAAUGUUUAUGCAGAACUUAAAAUUAUGUUUCUUUGAUCAAGUGAUAUUCCUUUAAUUGGAUUGUAAGAUUGUUGUAUUUUUACCCAUAGGCUUUCAACUUGAGCAAGCAGUGGUUGUGCUCUAUUAUUAGGGUGGAUCUCAUGAAACCUGUCAAGAACAUUUCUGGGUCAUUUUUCACCCCAAAUUCAAAAGAAAGAAAGUAUUGUUUAAAGAAAACAUAACUAUUUCUUUGGACUAGGAUUUUAGAUAUUUUUGGUAUUUGAUAUUGAUAUAUCAUACUAUAUUUUCAUGACAGACAAGGACAUUUCCCCCUAAAAGUCUCAUCACUUUAAUAAAGGGAAAAAAAUAUUUAAUUAUCAUGGUAGUAUUUGUUGUACUGCCGGAAAAAAAGCAUUGUGUUACAGUAAGAAAUUACUGUAUUACAGUAAGAAUCUGAUGAAAAUCCCCUUUUGAGGAUAAUUAGAUUUACAAAAAAAAAACAUCUAGAUGUAUUGUGGUAAUAAGAAAAGUUGCUUAAUUGUCACAGUCUUAAUUUACCUAACAAUAUGCUUCAAUUUCUUUAUGGCUAUUUUAUUAUUAUUAUUUUUCAUUUUGAUUUUGGGGUGAAAUGCGAUUCAAACAUUUCAGGAAAUUUUCACAUUUUAAUGAGAUUCACUUAUUAGUUUUCCAUGACUUUUAGUGAUCAAAAGUGUGAAACAUCAGGUCCAUGUUGAAGUCAUAUGUGAGCGUAUGCUUGUGAAUGCAUGAUUUCUGUGAUUUGCCCAUGAGAGCAAAUAUUGGAAGUAGGGAGCGCUUGAUCAUGAUUGACACAAAGCAGUGUGCAUGAUUGAAAACAACCCUUUCUGCAGGCAAGUAUUCUCUCUAUAACUGCUUCAAGCACACACUGAAAACAGCUGAGAGAUUUGUUUUGCAAACUGUUUUUACUGUUUUUUUUUUGUUUUGUUUUUUUUUUCUUCAAGAUAUUGUGUAUUUAGGAAACAACCUAAAUAUUUUUUUUUUAUGUACAGAAUAGAUCGGACACAUCCUUAAGCUUUUUACUCUUGUGCACUACAGUUUGGUUUCUGUUCUGAGUGUGGACUGAGCCAGUAACCUGCUGUGCAUCACCUCAGUCUCAUGUGAUCUAGUUACAUGCCAGUGAACUGAAAGUAGAAUUAAUGAAUGUAAAAGAUGAAUCACCUUUCCUUCUCAACUGUUUUUGUUUGAAUUAUGUAAGUGAAUUAAAGCCCAGAUUAAUAGA